AUGUUAGAAGUGCAAGAGAAACGCUAUUUGCAAAGUCUGAUCAAGUUGAAAGAAGAACCCGAUGAUCAAAUGAUUAUGAUUGUGGUUAAUGUGGUCGGCAGAGUGUUGCGGUCGGCUAGGCGAAACGCCGAAUUGGUUGUAAAAACUCAAGGAUUGUUGAAGAUGCUUCAGAGGGAAGAUGGUGGAGAAGAUUGGUGUAUUGAGACGUAUCGAGCGAACCAAGUUGAAGUCAUGCGGCUGAGCAGAAACAUGAAGCAGGCAUACGAGAAUUUGAAGAGAGCUUGA